UGGACUCUAGACUCGGACGGUGGGGUCUCUGCCUCCUCGGUCCGGGCCCAGGACUAGACUAAGGAGCCACGGUGCAGAUCCAGCUGGGGUGUCGGGUCUAGGCACGUGAUGAAAAUGAAGGAAGCGGACACAAGGACAAGAAUCUCCUGGUUCUUAGAAAAUUUAUUUCGCCGCAGAUAAUUGGCAAACGGGAUUUCGCUGUGUUGCCCAGGCUGGUCUCGAACUCCUGGACUCAAGCGAUCCUCCCGCCUCAUCAACGCCCAGUGCUGGGAUUACAGACGUGAGCUACCAUGCUCAGCCCAGGAUUCUGAUCGUGCCUCUGCCCUUAUUAGAACGUAGAGACUGCCCAUGGAAAGGAACCCCUCUGAUGGCACGGGUCCCGUGCAUGUGCCUUUGGGGCAGGUUGUGGCGAAUGAGAAAUGGCGCGGGUCACAGCUGGCGCAGGAGAUGCAAGGGAAAAUUAAGCUCAUUUUCGAGGAUGGCUUAACACCAGACUUUUAUCUGUCGAACAGAUGCUGCAUUCUUUAUGUCACUGAAGCUGAUUUGGUGGCAGGAAAUGGCUACAGAAAGAGGCUUGUUCGGGUUAGAAAUUCCAAUAAUAUUCAAGGAAUUGUAGUUGUUGAAAAAACCCAGAUGAGUGAACAAUACUUCCCAGCCUUACAGAAGUUUACUGUGCUGGACCUUGGAAUGGUGCUGCUUCCAGUGGCCAACCAGAUGGAAGCGUCCUGCCUCAUCAUCCAGUUGGUUCAAGAGCAAAUCAAAGAGCCCAGUAAGAACCCUCUUCUGGGGAAGAAACGGGCCCUGCUGCUGUCUGAGCCAUCCCUACUUCGAACCGUGCAGCAGAUCCCAGGCGUUGGAAAAGUUAAAGCUCCCCUUCUGCUCCAGAAGUUUCCAAGCAUCCAGAAACUGAGUAAUGCUUCCAUUCGGGAACUAGAGCAGGUGGUCGGACAAGCAGUGGCACAGCAGAUCCAUGCCUUCUUCACACAGCCCAGGUGAGGGCUGGCCUCAGGGACAUGCGUCGUCUCCCCAGACCACAAACAUCAGGAUCUUGUUUUCAGCUUUAGAAAACAAGGAAAAGGUCCUGGCACGGUGGCUCACGCCUGUAAUCCCAGCGCUUUGGGAGGCCAAGAUGGGUAGAUCACCUGAGGUCAGGAGUUCGAGAUCAGCCUGACCAACAUGGAGAAACCCCGUCACUACUAAAAAUCCUAAAUUAGCUGGACAUGGCGGCACAUACCUGUAAUCCUCGGGAGGCCAAGGCAGGAGAAUUGCUUGAACUCAGGAGGCAGAGGUGGCGGUGAUUGCACCAUUGUAUUCCAGCCUGGGCAACAAGAACAAAAUGUCAUCUCAAAAACAAAACGAAACAAAAAAAAAACAACCAAGAAAAAGGGCUGGGUGCAGUGGCUCACACCUGUAAUCUCAGCACUUUGGGAGGCUGAAGCAGGCGGAUCACCUGAGGUCAGGAGUUCAAGACCAGCCUGACUGAUAUGGAGAAACCCUGUCUCCACUAAAAAUACAAAAAUUAGCCAGGGAUGGUGGCGGGCACCUGUAAUCCCAGCUACUUAGGAGGCUGAGGCAGGAGAAUCACUUGUACUUGUGGGGUGGAGGUUGCAGUGAGUGGAGAUCAUGCUACUGCACUCCAGCAGAGCGAGACCUUGUCUCAAAAAAAAAAAAAAAAAAACAAGAAAAAGGAUUUCUUAACAGGUAUACUUGGAGGUUAAGUUUAAUUUAAAAAUUUUUUAAAAAGAAAAGGAAAAAGGAUGUCCUGUCACAGCAACUAGUGAAAGAUGAGGUGACCUGAAUGGAGCCUGUGGGUCGUCCUGCCUUGGUGUCUGAGUUCAGCUUUUGAAGUUAGUGGGCCACAGAGAGCACUGCCUUCAUUCUAAGAUUAAAGGGGCUGGUGGGAUCUUCCUAAGAGUCAGGGACUCUCAUACUCAGCAAAAAGCGAGUUAGAGCUGAUUUUAAUGUGUGACCUUGACCUGCAUCUGUCAUGGAAUGUGCCUUCUAAAAAGCUUUGGUGGGGCCCGGUGCGGUGGAUCACGCCUGUAAUCCUAGCACUUUGAGAGGCCAAGGUGGGUGGAUCACCUGAGGUCAGGAGUUCAAGACCAGCCUGGCCAUAAUGGUGAAAUCCCAUCUUUAAAAAAAAUAAAAUUGGCCGGGCGCGGUGGCUCAAGCCUGUAAUCCCAGCACUUUGGGAGGCCGAGGCGGGUGGAUCACGAGGUCAAGAGAUCGAGACCAUCCUGGUCAACAUGGUGAAACCCCGUCUCUACUAAAGAUACAAAAAAUUAGCUGGGCAUGGUGGCACGUGCCUGUAGUCCCAGCUACUCCGGAGGCUGAGGCAGGAGAAUUGCCUGAACCCAGGAGGCGGAAGUUGCAGUGAGCCAAGGUCGCGCCAUUGCACUCCAGCCUGGGUAACAAGCGAAACUCCGUCUCAAAAAUUAAUUAAUUAAUUAAUUAAUUAAAUUAAAUUAAAAUUAAAAAAAGAAAAAAAGAGUAAAAAGCUGUGGUGGUGGAUGUGACCAUCUAAAGAAAACAGAUGUACAAAGAAGCACUGUGUGUCCUAAGCCCCUUGUUCCUGGUGUCAGAGCUGCAGUUCUUUGGGUCUGGCCUUCAUAUACCUGUUCUGUGAGGCUCCUUCCAAUGUAAAUAAAUAAUUCCGCUAUA